AUGGAGUCAGGCCUCUCACAAGCCUUUCGGGAAGAACUCACCUGCUUCGUCUGCAUGAGCUACCUUACAGACCCAGUCACCAUAAGCUGUGGCCACAGCUUCUGUCGAGCCUGCCUCCACCUUUCCUGGGAAGACAGCCAGCUCCCUGUCCAAUGCCCUACAUGUAGGGAACCAUCCCAGCAGGAGGACUUCAGAACCAGCAUUGUUCUGAAGAAGCUAGUGUCCAUUGCCAGACAAGCCGGCCUCAUGAAGUACCUGAGCUCUGAGGAGCAUCAGUGUGUGACCCACAAGGAGACCAAGGGGAUCUUCUGUACGGAGAACAGGAUCUACCUCUGUCAGCUCUGUUCUGACUCCCAUGAGCACCGAGGUCACAGACACUGUCCCAUUGAAGCAGCUGCUGAGGGUCAAAUGGAGAGACUUCUGAAGCAAAUGGAAUCAUUAUGGAAGAAGAUCCAAGAUAAUGAAGAGAAUCUCGAGGCAGAGAGAAGGAUGAUAACUCUGUGGAAGAACUGCUUGAUUCUAAGAGAAGAAACAAUAAGGGCAGAGUACAGGACAUGUUAUCCAGACCUCUCUGAACAGGAAGAAGAGCAUAUUGAGUGUAUGAAAGAAGAAGGCAAUUAUUAUUUAGAGAAACUCAUGGAAAGUGAAGCCAUGAUGGUUCAAAAGGACAAACAACUCAGAGAUAUGUAUCAGGAGCUGAUGGCAAUGUCCCAGGAGCCAUAUGUGGUACUGCUCCAGGAUUUUGAUGACAUAUUCAGAAGGAGCGAGUCAAUGCAACUGAUCAAGCCCCUGGCUAUGAAACCAGAACUCUAUGUCCUAGCCCUCAGUGGACUGGUCUAUAUUUUCUUUGAAAAUCUAACCAUACUCCACUACAAAAUGAACCUAUUUAAUGUCAUGAGAAGCUCCAGGUUUAGAUUUCGGCAACAGGAUACACCUGUGAAUGCCGCUGGAGUGUAUCAGGCCUCCUGGGGAUCAGAGAGCUUCAUCUCAGGGAAAUAUUAUCAGGAACUGGAUUUGGAGGACUCUUGGAACUCAACUGUAGGAGUCUCUACAGAAUCCUGGUUAAGGAAUACAAACCAAGCAUUUGAAACUGAAGGUGCAUUCCUUCUCUCCUGUGCGAAUUAG